AAGGUAAAAGUAUGAAUUAACUAUAUGUAAUUGUCUUACGCAGAUUUUUAGAUCUUGUAGUUAUUGAACGAAACUUGCCAAGAUUUAAAGAAGGAAGUUGACUCGUUGUUUACAAGUGUUGAAAGAAAUAGAGAAAUCUGGACUCUUCAGGAGACAGUGGGAAUGUGGAGAGACCUAAUAUUAUUUCCUUGACAUCUUUUGCUAUAAAUCGAAAGAUAAUUUGUCAUCUCUUUUCAGUUGUGAAACAGAAUGAAUCAACCUUGGCGAAUUUCGGCAAUGGAUCCCGACGUGGUGGAGAUCUCCCCUCCUCCAAUAGCUUCGGGUUCGAGAACUCGAAAACCCAGACAGGCUGUAAUUUCUGAAGUGAUUGAUGUGGAAGAAUAUGAAUUCCGCAACAAUGUUGCUGAUAAGAAGAACAAAGGAAAAGCUAUACAAGAUACAUCUUCUUUUGAUCAUAAACCAUUUAGUCAUCUAGCUAGUGAAGCCGUGCCGAUGGAGCUUGAUGACUACGCAAUGUUUCAAGCCAUCCUAAAUUCUCAUAAUAUCCCGACUGAUGUAGAAGUGGUGAUGUCUACUCAACCUAGGUCUCAUAAUAUAGCGAUGGUGCCAUCUCUUCAUUCAGGACCUUUUAAAGUUGAUAAUUGUGCUACCUCUUCUCGCCUUAUAGCGGCUGAGGUUAUUUCUUCAGCUCAGGCUAAUUUUCUGCGAGACUUUAAAAGAUUUGACACUGUUGAUGAUUUCUCGGAUCAUCACUUUGCUUCCCAGGGAAAAGCUUCAAAGCAGCACGCAAAGGGUUGGGUGAAAAAGGUUCAAUCAGAUUGGAAGAUUCUUGAGAAUGAUUUGCCAGAGACGAUAUUUGUCCGAGCCUGUGAGUCAAGAAUGGAUCUUUUGAGAGCUGUAAUUAUUGGAGCCGAGGGAACUCCUUACAGUGACGGUCUUUUCUUUUUCGAUAUUCAGUUCUCAGACACCUAUCCUUCAGCGCCACCAAAAGUUCAUUACCAUGCCGGUGGGCUUAGAAUAAACCCGAAUCUAUACAAUUGUGGUAAAGUAUGCUUAAGUCUUCUCGGUACCUGGACUGGUAACACAAGGGAGAGUUGGAUUCCAGAGGAGUCCACAAUGUUACAGCUUCUUGUCUCAAUCCAAGCACUCAUCUUGAAUCAAAAACCAUACUUUAACGAACCUGGCUACGAGCAGAGCAAGGGGACUGAAUCAGGCGAGCUUGUUUCUGAAGCUUACAGUGAGAAUAUAUUCAUAUUGUCUUUAAAGACAAUGGUUUACAGCAUGAGAAAACCACCCAAGCACUUUGAAGAGUUUGUUCGCAGCCAUUACUUCAUGCGAGCUCACGACAUUGUGAAAGCGUGCAAUGCUUAUAAAAACGGAGCUCCUCUUGGAUCUAUGGUUAAAGGUGGUGUCCAAGAUGUUUCGGAAACUAGCAAGAGGGGCUCAGACAAGUUUAUGGCCGAAGUAGCUUGCUUUAUGAAGACAGUGGUGGAUGAGUUCGUUAAAUUAGGAGUCAAGGAGCUUCAAGAAAAGCAGAAACCACUGACUAAGAGAAGCAUAUUAUCGGGUUGAGCCAAAGCCACCAUUGUUUUAUGAUUUAUAUCUCAAGUUAACGGGGAAUGGAUAGUCUAUGUUGUUUUUCCAGAAAUGUCCUAGUGUAGGUAUGAUAAUUAAGCUUCUUAUGAAUAUUGAGAACUGAGAAAUAAAUUUACUUUUUUAGUUUAUAAAAUUAAAUUUUGAGUAUCAUAUGUUCUUUUAACAUUUGUAUUAUUAUAAGCUAAGAUUAUUUAUACGACACCCAUUGCGUUAUCACUAGAUAAGUAAUCGUUUGAUUUUAAUUCUUGAUUAUUUUAGGCCUAUUUUACCUUCAAACUUUUGUUAUUAAAUUUUUUAUUUACUUUUUUUUUUUUUUUUUUUUGUUUUUGGAACACAACUUUCGUUCAUCUAACUUUCUUCGGUACAAACAUAAGAGGGAAUUAUCCAUCCUCUUAAAUCAAAAGCAUAAACUACAAUAACAAACCAAAUUAAGAAAGAUAGAUCUUCAAAGGAAUAUAACUGCGAAUUCAAGACAAAGCUUGGAUGCGUCGAUAGAGCAUUCCCGACAAAAUCUGGCAGCUGAAACUUAGUCACAUAAUGUGACGUUGAAGGCCAACCCUCACCUUCGAGACAACACAUAGUAAUCUCGGUGGUUGCAUCUUCUGGCUCCGUACAGACCGCUACGCAAGAUAACAAACCGGUGGUAAAGUUGAAACUAAUGCUCAGCAACGCGGAGGAGACAUCUUCUUUCACAAGAAGAAUGUAUGGUAGAAAAGUACUCUCCUCCAGAGAAAAAAAAAAGAACGAAAUAAAUCCCGUCUCAAUGAGUCCACAUAUAAUAUCUUCUUAAAAAGAUGAUAUGCCAUUAUACGCAAGUUAAAGGCCCAGAUGAAUCCACCAGAAAUCCUUAUCAAAAAAGCCAAUACCAAUACCGCAUUUGUAAUUUAAAAAAAAUACCGUAGGUUUCAGGUUUGGAUGGCUGGUUUGUGGGCUAGCAAAUAUUGUAGACUUUGUAGUCCAUGCCCAACUAAAGGACACUCUCGGCCCAACCCUAGACAAACGUUUGAGUGGGUAUGACAGAAGUGAGAGCAGACACACGCCGGAGAUGGAUCUGCCGCCGCCAAAGGGAAGACGGUGCAUUUCAGAGCGUGGUGAGGUGGGACCUCCGGAGUAAACGAGUUCUUCAGCAAGACGCAGUGGAAGAGCGGUACGUCGGGUCUCCUCGGAAUCCCAGAGAAGAGGACCGUUAAAACAUGUGUUUGUCGAGCUGGAUCUGGUGAGAUUGGUCCGAGAGGAGCUCGUCUUUAGCAAGAAGUGUGCUAUCGGAACUGAAACCCUGCAGCACGGUGGAGUCCCAGCUACACAUGGUGAAAGAGUAUCACUAACAACUUGAUGCGGAAGAGACGGCAGAGCUGAUGGAAGACCAUGUCGACGAGACAUAGAUCUAGAGAUUCGAAGAUGGUUGAAGCUGACAGGCAUGAUGGCGAAGUGAGAAGACCCCCAAAAGACGAGUCUGGUGGUCAAAACACUAAAUUGAAAACUCCGAAGACGGAGCAGAGCAGAACACGAUGAGGAACAAGCAGAAGAGGGUGACGAGCACUGGACGGAGCAGAGGGCCCGAUGCCGGCGGCCGGAGGUCUCACCGGCGUCGAGGAAAAUGGAGGCUGGCGGCUCCUCGGUAAUAGUGCCUGAAAGAGUUUGAAAUUAGGGCGAACAAGACACCUGAUGUUUUUAAAUUUUUUAUUUACAUGAAUAUUUAUUAAUACAAUUUCUAACUUAGCAAAAAAAUGUAAGAAAUAAUCUAUUGAUGGAGAAGUCUAUCACAUGAAACAAUUGUCUUUGAUUAUAAGCAAAUUUUCUUAUUAUUAUGAUGUACAAAUUGGUGGUUGUGAUAGAAUAUCUACUUAUUAAUUCUUUUAUAAAAUAGUGUUUUUGGUUGAUUUAGUAUCGAACACCGAUAAUCAAUGAUAAAUAUCAUGAUUGUGAUUGAUGGAAUGAGAAGAGGUUAGCACUUUUAUUUUAUUUGGAGAAGGUUGUCGAAUAAGUAACUAGGUAGAUACCCGCGCCUAGAGUGAAAGUGUAUGAAAAGUAAUAAAAUUUAAUUUAAGUUUCCGUAGA